CACAUUAUAUUUUACAUGAGGAGUCUAGAAGUAUUACCUUCUCCUCCAGUCAGGGAAGACUGCCUCCCACCUUCAGACCGUGGAUCGGAUAAACGGUGCCCUGGUGUCACAAAGUGGUCAAGGCAGUUUGAAAAGACUGGAUGUUUGUGCAAGGGGAAAAAGUCCAGGAUGACAGCGCACUUCUCAGGACAACGUAAAGAAUUCGAGAGUCAUUUCAGCGAACCCCACGGAAAACUUAUUUGCCAUGGAGAGGAGCUGAGAAAGACUACCAAAUUUUACAUACAGAAAAAAGUUGAGGAUUCGGUUGGCGCCAUAUUUACUGCCGUCAGAAACCGUCAAGGAGACAUCCAACUUGUUCUAGAGAGAGAGCUCCAUUCACACUACCUUCGGAAAGGCUUACAGCAGCUAUCCGAAUCAUAUGAGUGCCUAGAUGCCAGCCGCCCCUGGCUGUGUUAUUGGAUAGUCCAUAGUCUAACCUUGCUAGAUGAACCCAUCCCUGAAUCUGUGGCAUCAAGCGUUUGCCAGUUCCUCGGCCGAUGUCAGGCUCCCGGUGGUGGUUUUAGUGGUGGCCCCGGACAGCAGCCUCAUCUUGCACCCACCUAUGCAGCAGUCAAUGCCUUGUGCACCAUCGGUACAGAAGAGGCCUAUGAAGUUAUAAAUAGGGAAAAACUUUUGGAAUUUCUGUACGCCUUAAAACAACCAGAUGGCUCCUUCAACAUGCACGUGGGUGGAGAAGUGGAUGUCAGAAGUGCUUACUGUGCUGCCUCUGUGGCUUCCCUCACCAAUAUCAUCACUCCUAAGCUGUUUGAUGGCACCGCUGAAUGGAUUGCCAGAUGCCAGUUUUGGGAAGGUGGAAUUGGCGGUGUCCCAGGCAUGGAGGCACACGGAGGAUAUACUUUUUGUGGUUUGGCUGCAGUGGUCAUUUUGAAGCGAGUCCCCCUGCUGGAUAUGAAGAGUUUGUUGAGAUGGGUUGCAUUCAGACAAAUGAGAUUUGAAGGUGGAUUUCAGGGCCGCUGCAACAAGCUGGUGGAUGGCUGCUACUCCUUUUGGCAAGCAGGUUUAAUGCCACUUAUCCAUAGGACUUUACAUGCAGAAGGAGAUCCUGCCCUCAGCCUUAACAACUGGAUGUUUGACCAGAAAGCUUUGCAAGAAUACAUCCUAUUGUGUUGUCAGUGCCCUAGUGGGGGUUUACUUGAUAAACCUGGCAAAUCAAGAGACUUUUAUCAUACAUGCUACUGUCUCAGUGGACUGUCUAUAGCACAGCAUUUUGGUAGCGGAGAAAUGCUCCAUGAAAGUAUUGUAGGAAUACCAGAGAACGCUUUGAAACCCACACAUCCAGUGUAUAACAUAGCUCCUGAUAAGGUGGCCCGCGCUGUCAUGUAUUUCAUGCAAAAACAGAUUCCAGAUGUAAAAGAUUUCAAGGCAAACUAGAAUAACUUGAAUCACCCUGCCGUUACUUGUUAUCCUGUAUACGCUCGAAGACACAACCUGGAGGAAGCCAUCUUGUAUCCUAUAAGGGCUGUGUGGCGAGUCCUGGCAUACCAAGGCAUUUUACUUACACCGCUUGCAGAGGAGCAUUGAGCCAUUCAAUGGCAGAUCCAUGGUAAUCUUAAGAGACUUUUUUUUUUUCUAUUAACAUGUAUUAAACUUUAGCUAUUCUAAAUCUUUUAUAGUUUCUGGUCUGUGAUUACGUCCUGCGGUGU